UGACUUGCCGAGGAGACGGCGGCGCAUCUAUGUGGUCCGCUUGACACUUGAUGAGAGAGAAGAGAUGCGCCCUUAACACGUGAACGUGAAGGGCACCAGUCCUCAUCCUUCUCGGACUCUUUUAGAUUUGAUUUUUCCCUCCUUCAUCCAGAAUACAUUUCUUUUUUCUUGUCUUUCUGUCCACGGAGGAGAACUGAUUUCUCAUCAGCUGCGUGAAACGACCACACAUUGUUGCCUGCUUUUUGCGCGCUGGGAGGCUUUCUCUUCUCACUUGAUGGGAAUAUAGACGGAGGGGGUGGGGAACAAAAACAUCUUUAUCCGCAACCAUGGUUACAUCAGGAAGGAAUGGACGGUGCUGUGGACUUUGGAAGCUUGUGAAGACAAUCUAUGAGGACAUUCAUCUUUAAGCAAGCCUUCAUGGAUAAUAACACAAGUGCUCAGUACAUAGGAUUUUAGUCAUUGCACCAGGUUCCCCCUUAUUUUUUCUCCAUUUCUCUCCUGUGUGCUACUUUGUGUUUGCCCAGGAGCAACAUUGAGUGAUUGGUCUUUACGGUCAAGGAUCCCUACAAAGAAUCAUCAAAAAAAGACUCCAGGCAACCUUGUGGUGGUGCAUGUGUUGGUAGAUGAGGUGGUGAGUCAGUCACCUUUGCGGCAACAGCAGAUGAUUCAUCAUCUGUGAAGCAGAUAAAUCAGACUUCAUCUAAGUACGAUUUCCUAUUGGAGACAAUCAAUCCAAUAUGAAGGACGUGUCAUUUGUGGAUUGUCUCUUAAUCGGCUUGGCCAUGGCCUCCUUUGUGGUAGCUACAGAGGUAAGGCCUUACUGCCCAAAACUCUGCGUCUGCGAAAUCAGACCCUGGUUUUCUCCAAGCUCAGUGUACAUGGAGGUGCAAACAGUUGACUGUAAUGAUUUGGGACUGUUUAGCUUUCCGGAAAGAUUUCCACUGGGAACACAAGUACUAUUGCUGCAAACUAACAACAUUGCCAAGAUUGACAAUCCUUUGGAUUACUUGGCCAACAUUACAGAGAUUGAUUUGUCCCAAAAUAACUUAUCUUCCAUCAGUGACAUCCAUCUGGGCAAUCUUUCGCAGCUGAUAUCACUUCAUAUGGAGGAGAAUUGGUUACAAAGGCUACCGGAGCAGUGCCUAUCCAAUGUGGCAAACCUUCAGGAGCUCUAUAUGAAUCACAAUCUCAUCUCAUACAUUUCCCCGAUGGCUUUUCAGGGCAUGAGCAACCUUGUGCGACUCCACCUCAAUUCUAACAAGUUGACAGUCAUUCAGAGGGAAUGGUUUGAACCAAUGCCAAAUCUGGAGAUCCUAAUGAUCGGUGAAAAUCCAGUUCUUUCUAUUGACGAUAUGAACUUCAAACCUCUGAGCAACCUGCGCAGUCUUGUUCUAACCAGAAUGAACCUUUCUCACCUUCCUGAAAAGGCUCUGACAGGCCUUGACAAGUUGGAGAGCAUUUCCUUCUAUGAUAACAUUUUUCCUGAGGUGCCUCAUUCUGCCCUGAAAAAUGUAAAAAAUCUAAAGUUUUUGGAUCUGAAUAAAAACCCCAUCGCACGGAUACAGAGGGGAGACUUUGUGGAUAUGCUUCAUUUGAAAGAACUGGGGAUAAAUAGCAUGCCAGAGCUGGUUUCCAUUGACAGCUUUUCCCUCCAUAACCUCCCUGAGCUGACCAAAAUUGAAGCCACCAAUAAUCCCAAACUUUCUUACAUCCAUCCUAAUGCGUUCUACAAGUUACCACGACUGGAAACCCUCAUGUUAAAUGGCAAUGCUCUGAGUGCCCUCCACAGGAUUACUGUUGAGUCUCUCCCCAAUCUCAGAGAGGUCAGUAUGCACAGCAACCCCAUUCGCUGUGACUGUGUGGUUCGCUGGAUGAAUAUGAACAAAACCAACAUCCGUUUCAUGGAGCCGGAUUCACUGUAUUGUGUGGAGCCCCCAGAGUAUGAGGGCCAGCAUGUUCGACAGGUGCACUUCAGGGAGAUGAUGGAGAUUUGCCUGCCACUUAUUUCACCAGAAAGUAUGCCGGGACACAUAAAAGUGGAGAAUGGCAGCUCAGUGUCUCUCCAUUGCCGGGCCUUUGCAGAACCAGAGCCAGACAUCUACUGGAUAACCCCGUUUGGUACCAAAUUCCUGCCAAACACUGUUUCAGACAAGUUCUACAUGCACCCGGAAGGAACAUUUGACAUCUACGACAUAACCGAAAACGAGGCUGGUGUUUACACCUGUGUAGCACAUAAUUUGGUUGGAGCAGAUAUGAAAUCUGUUUCUGUAGAUGUGAAUGGAUAUUUUCCCCAGGCCACAGGUGGACCUUUUAAGGUUGAGGUCAAAUCAGUGGGGACACACUUCAUUCUAAUAACAUGGAAGGCCAGCCCAGGUACACUGGCCCCAAACAUCAAAUGGUACACGGUAUCCGACGCUCACCAUCCCGUCCAAGUGUUUACUGCCCGGGUUCCUUCAGACAUCCAGACGUUCAACCUCAGCCACCUCAGCCCCGCCACCCAGUAUAAAGUAUGUGUGGACAUCCGCAGCUUUCACUACAACCAUGACAACAAAUGUGUCAAUGUCACCACCAAGGGAUUAGCGCUAGCAGCCAAGGACAAAGAAAAAUGGCAUCCAAAAGCAAUCACUGUUAUUGGAGUACUCUUGGCGGCAAUCGUAGUUUGCUGCCUGUAUAUUUAUGCAUCUCUGCGGAACCAUCACCUCUACCGGGACGUAAGGAAAGGCGACUCCAAAGCUUUGUUGACGCCUGUUGAAACUACCAGUGUGCACUCUUCUUUCUUUAAAAAGCUGUGGGUUUCGGGUAAGGGACUGCCAAGUGGUGUGGAAGUUAAAGCCACAGUUAUUCAUGUAUCUGACAAUGCAUUUUAAGAAGCCACGUUGUGCUGAACACUUCACGCCAACCACAGUCAAUGGACAAUGUUUAUGAGCAGGGGUGAACAAUGUACUGUUUUCAAAAGGCAUACCCAGUGCUGAUCCCCGGUUUGGAUGCACCAAUUGAAACUAUGGCCAGACUGGGUUGGAACACUUGCAUCGCAGCACAGGUGGUGGCUCUAGAAGCAUUACAUCAAGCCAACACUGAGAGGAUCUAUUUAUUGCAAAUAGAUAUACUUCAGCACCAUUUAUCCAGAGACACAGACAAAGAAGGUGAAGAUGACGAGAAGGUGAAGAUGACGAUGAUGGUCAACUCUCCUGUAAUUGACUGUUAAAUGUGUUCAGAGUUGUGGAACUGUCCGUGUGGUCCCAAGCAAUACCGUCUGUGCUUUGUCAAAACAUCCAUAGACGAGUUAGAGAACCAGUAAUAACACCUGUCUAUUAUGGGAAGGGAGAUUUCGUAGAGUAGACAAAUAACAGUUAUAAUGGUGUAAGCCUUUUGAUGAACUAUACCCCCCUUUUUCUAUUUAAAAAUGAAUUCUUGAUUUUUCUUGGAAAUCUUGUUAUAUAUUCUAUUAUGUUGGUGUAAUGACAAAUCCUCUGUAUGUGAACAAUUUAAUGGGUUUUAAAUUACAGAAAGGAGCAGACUACUUUUGAUUACAGCAUCACAUUAAGCUUAAUGAAAUUCAGCUACAAAAUGGGUAUCUGGAGUGCAGAUUUGCAAACGGGCUGUUUAUGUUUUGUCGCAUUGGCGACCGGAAAGAAAUGGAGAACUUUUUGACACAAAACUCAAUAUAAGACGUUGAUUAUACCCAAGGUGAGUGAUGUGUUAUCUGUUCAAGAAGUGGUCUCUUAUACCCUGGUAAGUGCCUACACCAAGAAACUAAAGAAAACAAGGAAUAGAAGCAAACUUAUCAGAAAAAGCAAAACUUGCUCAUGUCUCGUUGGCGAAUCACAUGCUAUACUUAAGUACGUUUAGUGGAAAUACUUUCUCAGUAUUUUUAGCAUACAUAUUUUAAGAAGACAUUUUGUUAUUGCUUUGGGUGUAAAGUUUAAAAGCCAUUUUUAUAAUAGCUGUAUUAUAUGUGAUCAAUGGGCACAACAGGCUAAUUAAGAAAAGCGCUGCGAAAAAAAACAAAUAAAUGUCAUUGUUUGUUUUACAAGU